GUAUUUGAUAAAAGUUAUUGACUUUUUUUUUUUAUUUAUUUUUCAAAAAUAUUAAAAAUUAUUGACUUAUUUACACAAAUUGUCACUAUCCCGAAAAACAGAUAGAUCAUGCGAUUUGAAAUCCAUUUGCAAAUUUGCAAUUAGGGAAACGGGGAAGUAGGAGCAACUAGCGGCUAGCAACCAGAACCGAGUUGCUGCAAACUCGGAAUCAUCAUAUAUAUCUAAUAAAAUUCAAAUUUUCAUGAAAAGUUGUUUGAAUUCAAAGAAUCAAAAUGGCAGGUCCAGCAUUAGACGAACUCUUCCGAUCUCUCCUCUCCAAAACGGGACAAGAGAAAAUGACCACCCAAGAAUCAAAAGUCUUUGUUGAGUGGAAGUCUCAGGCCAUUAAGAGUUGUGCUGUAGGAAGCGGUGUUGCCUCUGGGCUUGCUUGGAUUGCAACGAGAAAAUGGAGAACUGCUAAUCGUGUGAUACCUAUUGCAGGAGCUGGGUUUCUGACUGCAAGUUGGGCAUUUGGUAAAUCUGUAAACACAUGUGCUGACCGAAUUCUUCAAAUGGAUGGGAGUCGGAUGCAGUAUGAGCUGGAAAAAAUAAUACUGGAGAAGUAUGGCAAUGAUCCUGAGAAAAUGAAGCCUUUCUCCAAGCAUUUCUACUGUGAAGAAAUAUUUAAUGAUUCAACCCCUGGACGUCCCAAAUCAAUAUACCGGCAACGGCAUCUGCAUGUCGAUAAUCACCGGACAACUGAUAACAAUACGAACCAUGAGUCUGCUAAGAAAGGUGUCUAUUAUCAACAGAGAGAGGAUGAUUCUAACGUCAAACUGAAAAGCCCCAGUGCAGAGAAUAAACAAUCCUCUGUACAUCCUGGUAUUGUUGUAUUUGGAUAUGGAGACCCUCUUGAUGUUUUGUUUGGGUAUUCAUCUACAAAUGAGGACCCUCAUCAUAUACCUGAUGAAUCUGGAAACUCAGCCAAAGUGCAGAGUCGCAGUCAAAAAAGGGCCCGCCGUAGUAGGCAUAGAUUGAGGCAUCAUCAUCAGGAGACAUUGGCACUUGGGGGGUAGUUGAUCAGAUUUUCGCCAUCAAGAUUGGAUGUUGAAUAGUGGCCGUCAGUUAAGCAGAAAAGGUGAGGAAGAAAUGUCCUGUAUGGAGAAAAAACAAGUUUGUAUAUUAUCAUUGCAUUUAUGUUUCUUGGGUAUCCCCUUCUUCUCCAGCUGUUUAUAUCAAAGAGCAACAGUUUUCUUUAUUAACAUAAACCAACAGAGUAACAUGACCAAAAAAAACGGUGAUGCUCUGUUUGGGAACACUGUAAUUUAUGUGAAAUCGAUUAGCUCGUAUCUUUGUGGAAUUUGGAGUAGGAUUGGUGUUGGUUUAUUUA